AUGUCGGUGAACGAAGCUACUGAGGCUUUCAAGCCAGACCUCCGUCUAUGGUGCAUUUUCGGUGUCAUCGGGCUGCUCAACUUUGCGGCGGCCCUUGAUGCCACUUCGCUGUCUGUUGCACUUCCUACAAUCGCAGAUGCCCUCGAUGGCUCCGCCAUCGAAGCCUUCUGGGCUGGAACUUCCUUCCUUGUCGCCUCGACCGUAUUCCAACCUACGUUCAGUAUGGUCUCGGACCUGUUCGGGAGAAAAUGGACCCUCUUCGGCGCUGUUGUUGCGUUCACUGUCGGGUCUAUCGUUGCAGCAGUAUGCAAUAGUCUUUCAGUGAUGCUAGUAGGCCGCUGUAUCCAGGGUGUCGGGGGCGGCGGCAUUAUUGCCCUGACUGAGGUCCUCAUCGCAGACCUUAUACCUCUUCGGCAACGUGGGAAGUGGAUGAGUAUUCGAUCACUAACUUGGUCUCUUGGUACCGUCAUCGGCCCUAUUAUCGGUGGUGCUUUAGCUGAGUCUGCCUGGCGCUGGAUCUUCUGGCUAAAUCUGCCUUUCUGCGGUCUUGGGCUGGUCUUCAUUCCCAUUUUCAUGAACCUGCGGCAGGAAUUCCCACCGCUGAAGGAUAGGCUCAAGGCAAUUGACUUUGGCGGUGCCGUGAUAUUCACCGGUUCUCUGACGUCGUUCCUCGUGCCCCUCAGCUGGGGAGGUAUUAUGUACACCUGGAGCUCAUGGCGAACACUCGUUCCCUUGAUAGUCGGUGUCGCAGGUCUUGGUGUCUUUGUUGUUUACGAGAUGAUAGUUCCCUCGCGACCUCUGAUUCCUAUGAAGAUCUUCCAGCACGGUACGAUAGUUUUUAACUACUUGGCCUGCCUCCUCCACGGCGCCAUCCUUUGGUGCAUGCUGUACUACCUACCCCUCUACUACGAAAGCGCCCUGGGAUACAAGGCCGUCAUCGCCGGCGCAGCAAUACUCCCCUUGACAUUAACAAUCGCGCCCCUAUCAGCAGUAACCAGCAUCCUGAUUUCCGUCACUGGAAGAUACAGAUGGGCGUUAUGGUCCGGCUGGUCCGUAUCUACAUUAGGCCUCGGCCUGCUCUACCUUCUGGACUCGGCCACCACCGUCCCCCAAUGGAUCUUCAUCACCGUCGUGCCUGGUUUCGGUCUCGGCGUGCUCUUUUCCUCAAUGAUGCUGGCAGUGCAGGCAUCCGCGGAUCCACAAUUCAUCUCCAUCACGGCAGCGAUGGCUGCGUUCUUCCGCACCCUAGGCCAGACAGUCGGCGUUGCAAUCGGCGGUGUGGUCUUCCAGAACCGCAUCCACAAGGAAUUCCUAUCCCGACCUCUCCUGGCGGGCAUGGCUGAUUCAUGGACGCAGGAUGCCGCUGGUCUGGUGCAGUAUAUCCAGGGUCUGCCGCGGAAUGCGCUGCGUGGGGAGAUGGAGAGUGCGUAUGCGGAUGCGCUUGGGAUUGUCUGGCUUGUGCUUUGUGGUGCGGCGGGGUUGGGAUUACUUUCUUGUGUUUUUGUCAAAGGGUCGUCGAUGGAUCAGGAGUUUAGGCCUGCGCAGGGCAUUAAGGAUGGGGAGGAGAAGGGGGUGGAGACUAGUGAGAGUUCAUUGAGUGUGUAG